AUGGUUGAGCUCGGUGCGAUGCUCCGAGCCCUUGGAUCGAACCCCUUUGAUGAAGAGGUGACUCGGGUGAUGGCUGAGGCCAACACCGAUGAUGAUGGCUUCAUCUUGCUCGAGGAGUUUGUCGUGAUCAACAACAAAGCGCCCUUGGAUAGCAAUGCGAGCAUGGUGGAUUUGAGAGACGCCUUUGCGAUGUACGAUCUCGAUAAGAACGGUUCGAUUUUGGCCAAGGAGCUUCACAUGGUGUUGAAGAAGCUCGGUGAGAAGUGUUCGUAUCAAGAUUGUUGUUAG